ACCAACUUAUCUCUAUGACUGCUGUAAUCUUUGUUUUUCCCCUCACCAUAUCAUGUAAAGAGAACACUAUAUUCAAUAUUUUUAAACAUGCUAGGAUUUCUAUACCGCAUCGACAAUACUGUGGGUAACAAACCCACGCCAUUUUUCACUUGUCUUAUUAUUAUUAUUACCUUAGCUGUUAUCAAUAUUAUUACUAUUUCCAUUAUAUAUGCUGCAUGUUUUUGACAUUACCCCUAUAGUAAAUGUGGAAAAUUUUCUGUGUGAUUAAUUUUUUUAAUUUAUAAUUUGAGAAAAACUAGAUCCAAUAUUGUGAUUAAUGCUCAAAAUUCCAUUCUGUAUCACAAGUACUGCUUUUGGAAUAAAGUAGAUUAUUAUUAUUAAUACAAUCCUUAGUUCAUCUUCAAUUACCUCUUCUGAGCAUAUAGCUCUAACCAUGUGGCUGAGCGUCCUUACUAAACUCCUUUCGUACUGGAGAGAAAUGGAGCUGCGAAAAUGUGUAUAUUGUCCUCUCCAUGAGCUUCUCUCAAGCAAAUUUCUCUCUUAUCCAGUCAUGUGAUAAUUAUUGACCUCUUCAAGUUUUAUUGAUCAACCCAUUUUUGAAACAGAAAGGAUUAUGAUGUGAAAGGAAUAUUAUACCUGUCCCGUAAAGUAUGAAUUAAUAAAAUGAAGAUAUUGUUAAUUUUGACGAUUAUAUAAUAAGUUGGAAAUUACUUUUUGUGUGUUAAAAACCUUAGUAUUAGUUACAGUAAAUAAUAAUAAUAAUAAUCAGAUAGACUAAAUAUAACAUGAGUUAUAGUGAUUCCGAUACCUACAACAUUCAUGAGGGUAAUACUCCUUCAACAGAUACAAACAAUACUUCAAGUCAAUUAAAUCCAAUGCAGGUUUUAAAGUUAACUCAUGAACCAAAUAAUAUUUUUAUGAAAAUGAAUAAUCCUACUACUGCUCUAUGGAAUGAAAACGGUUAUAAUUAUCAUUAUUUUAAUAAUAAACCAAAGUGUAAACCAUCUAGGAAGGUAAACAAAUCACGAAUUGUUUCAUGUGGUGUAUUAUCAUGUUUUGGCAUUAAAACAAGCAGAAAUAAUUUAAAAAUAAAUUUAUCCAGUGAAGAUUCAAAAACCUCGAAUACUUAUAAAUCAACAUCAAGUUUACAGACCGCAUCGCUAAGUCUCACAGAGAAAAAAAUAAGUCUACCAAUAGAUAAGAUAAAUAAACCGCCAUCAUCAAUCCAAAAAAUUAAAACAACAACAGCAACAAUACCACUUUCAUCAGGUGAAAAAAUUCCAGCAUCAUGCAUAAAUAAUUUUAAAGCAAUCGGUGAUUUUAAUAUAUCACAUAUUAAACCAAAUAGUCAUAUAUUUCCAUGCGAUUUAAAUCGUCUAUCAACGUCUACAAGUGAUACAUUUGAAAGUGAAUGCAUUCAAACCAUGCAUUCGAUGAAUCAACAUUAUAUGAAUGAAAGUUAUUCAACUAUAACACCUGUAUCAAUAUCACAACAAAUUCAUUAUUAUAAGGCAGACGAACAAAACACCAAAGAACCAUUGAACAUUGAUAUAGUCAAGGAAAAAAUCUACAGUAGUCAAUUACUUAUGCAUUUCUCUCAAAUAGUUGAACAAAAUUAUAAUAUGGAUAUUAAAAGCUUAAAUUAUCUUCAAAUUGAAAAUAAUGUGGAUGAUGAUGGCGAUAAUAACAAUAAGGUAAAUACUGUUGAUGAACUACCCAGUCAAGUAUUAAUUAAUUUUAACAGUAAUAUUGAUCAUCAUCAAACAUGUCAGGCAUAUAUUGAUCUUAAAAUGCAUGAGUCACCUCUCGGUAUGCGUGAAGCAAACUGCUGUCCAGCAGGACCACCACAUUUGCAUAAAGUUAUUCAAACAGUUUAUUCAUACGAGAAUUUAUGUCCAAGAGUUAGCCAAUCAGUGAAAAGUUACCAUACAGAAAAUGAUGAAGAGAAUCUUAAAAAUAAUGAUUUAAUUAAGGCGGGAAAAAUGGAUGAGGAUGAAAAGACUAUGUAUAAAGUGAAAGAAAUCACAACGAAUUCCUCUAAACAGUCAAAAGAUCAUAAUAUUGUCGACAAUAAUAUCAUUUUGAAUAAAUCAUUUGGUUCUAGUACUAAAACCAGUUCAGAAUCAAUAAAACAAGAAGUUGGUGUUGUUGAAGGUGUGAAUACUUCACAAAACAGAACUGUUAGUAAAGGUAAUACUGUCAGUGUGAGUGCAGUAAAACAAAACUGUAAAACAACAAAACAAUCUGAAGUUAGGUCUAAAUGCUUAGAAAAUAAGUCAACUGUUAAUAAUAAUCCUGUCAACUCAUCUCGUGAUUUAAAAACACCGCCACUUUCAAGUCAUCUACAGAACUCACAUUAUUCAGCGCGUAAAUCGAAUUCACGCGCUCCAUCUAUACCAUCAAGAACUUGGAGAGCUGGUCAUUCUUUGCCGAAUAAAGGCAAUAGUUAUAUGUCUGUAAAACCAUUUUCAAAUCCACGCUAUGAGUGUAAAAAACCUGAACCCGUCUCCACGAAUUCUGCAGUGGUACAUGGUGCGAUGCAUAAAAAUGCUAAGUCUGAAAUACAUACAAAUAGUUAUAUGCGUCAAAAUCUAAGAAGAGGAAUGCCUUCAGCAUCUUUUCGAGAAGAUCCACAUUAUCAGAAAAAAUUAAAACAAGAUAUAUUUGGUAGCAAUCAGGAGAAAGCGAAACAAAAGUCGUUGAAUGGAAACCAGAAGCAUCAAUUAAAUAAUAGGAACUCUUUCAUGUCGACGAAAGAAAAUAUUAAGUGCCCUAAGAAAUCAACACAACGCAGCUUUGAUAGAUUUCAGACGUACUCGACUUCGUCAGAAUCAUGUUCUUCAGUAAAUACACUUGAUUUACUUCAACUUGCUGAUAUAUCUGAUGAAAAUGAUAUCAGAGAAAUCAAAGAGUAUGUAUUCGAUGAGGAUCCUGAUGAAAAUGAUUAUGACAUUAGUAGGAGAACAAAACAUUUUACAAAUAAACACCAGGUGAAUAAUAAAGAUUACGAUGAUUUUGUAGGUUUCCCUGUUGAUAGACACAUACAAAAUCGAUAUAUUUAUCCUUCUGCUGAGUACGUAUAUCCAGAAAUGAACAACCCUCUAUUUAUUCAGCCAAAAUAUUGGCCUUUCUUACCUAUUCCACCACAACCCGUUGUACCAUUACGAAAUAUUAAUCCAUUAUGGAAUAAUAUACCAAAUUAUGAAUCUACAUACCCUAAUUUCAUGCGACCACCAGUGUUUAAUACCCCACCGUUUGUGAAUUGGACAACGCGUAACAGUUAUAUUAAUCCAUACAAUAAUAAGUAUUAUAAUGAUCCAUAUUAUCAGUAUCCAAAUGAGCAGUGUUCAACAUAUGGAAGUUUUCCAUUACCUGUAUAUCAAUCAUAUAAUAAUACCUAUCAUAAUUCCCAAACAACAUCGGAACGUCAAGCACAUAUAAGAAAGACUGUCUGCAAGAAUAAAGUCUGUGAAGGCGGGAAAAAGAAAAAACCUUAGCUCUGUUUUCUUAUAUCUCCAUUCUGUUUUACUUAUUUGUUUAUUUACUCAUCUAAUUUCCAGCCAACCACUUACUUAUUUAGCCAAAUUCUAUGCCUUUGUAAGGCAGCAGUCUGAGAAAAAGGAGUUCCUAUUUCUUCAACACUGUUUUUAUCUUCCCCACGCCGAGAUAAACAUUGACAGAAACUGACUUUCUUUUAAAGCCUUUUCAAUACAUUCAACGUUCCACGGCCCACCAAUUUACUCAACUCUUCUUUUGUCGUUCAAAAGUCCGUUUGGCAGCUUACUUUCAUCCUACCCUCUUUUUUCCAGUUGUUCACAAUGGCAAUACCAUUGCACCUAACUGAAUACCUCAUACAAAGUGUUUUUAUGCUUCAUUUCAAUAUUCCCUCUGAUGCACGUCAAUGUGUUCAAUACGAAUACCUAAGUACAAAAACAGAUACCGGAAUUCUAUUUAUAUUCCUUAUAUUAUGUGAAGUAGUCCCUCGACUAGAGCUAAUUUUAAACCACAUAAAUAUUGAAUAAUGUGAAGUAUUUGAAGUCAGA